CCUUUGCCUUUGGCUUUGAUAUGCCUGCCUAAAAAUUGCAGAAACAUUAUCAUAUCCUGUCUACUUCUGGAAGUAAGUUGGUACAAUGAACGCGUAGUUGUCGUUGAAGAGAAGGAUAUGAGCUUCUUCGCCAGCCUUAGUCGCUCUGUUCUGGGUGCGGCCAGUGGCCUCGGGACGAAUGGAGCUGCGAAAGUCACCGAGGAUGUCGAUCGUUUGUGCGAUCGCCUUGCAUCUUCCUCGCUGGUGUCUGACAGACGUGAAGCCGUUGCUGAUUUGAAAGCCCUGGCAAAGACGAACCGCCUGGAAGUGGGCACGCAGGCCCUGGGACCCCUGAUCGCCGCGUUGCGCCGGGAUCGCAGUGACCCGGAGCUCUGCUGUGCAAUUCUGGAGACAAUGGCUUCGGUGGUGGAAAUUCCCACUGGGCAGGGUGAAAAGGAUGACGACGCCGCUGCGAUCGCCACAAGGUCAACCGAAGCCCUGGCCAAGCGGCAGGACAACAUUUCGUUGAUCAUGGAAAUAGUGGAGGAGUACUCGUUCCAGGUACGCUGGGCAACUGUCAAGCUACUGACCGCACUGAUCGCGGCCAAGGCUGCGAGAAUGCAGGAAUGCAUCCUGGCAUGUCCGAUGGGAGUGUCGCGCCUUAUGGACCUGCUGUCGGACAGCCGCGAGAUCAUACGCAACGACGCUCUACUGCUGCUGAAAGAGCUGACGCGCGGCAACGACCAGGUACAGGGCAUCGUGGCGUUCGAGAGUGGCUUUGAUCGCAUCCUGGACAUUAUAGCCGAGGAAGGUGCAAGUGACGGUGGCAUCGUGACUGAAGAUUGUAUCGAUUUGCUGUCCAAUCUUCUCUUGGCACACUCCCGGAACCAAACGCUCUUCCUGGAGGGCAACCAGCUGCAGAAACUGUUGCCGUUCUUCAGUCUGGAGAAGCCGGAGGACGGCGCGUGGCCGGCGCAGAAAGUAAGCAACCUGGUGGCAAUGCUCAAGGUGCUGCGCUGCCUGGUGACGCCGAGCGGCAGCCUGCUGCCACUGGCGCAGCGGACACUGGCUUCGAGUCGCCUGCUGCUGGCCCUGUGUGGCAUGAUGCUGUCGCCGGGCCUGCAGCUGGACGUGCUGACGGAGGCGAUCGGCACGGUGGCCGAGUGCAUUCGCGGCUGCGCGGCCAGCCAGUCAGCGUUUGCCAACGUCCAGGUGCAGGUGCGCGGUGGCAGCCCGCCGUGUUCUGCCGUGCUCAGCGUCAUCAUGUCGCUGGUGUCGGAGAAGCAGUGCCUGCGCCUGCGCCUGGCCACGCUCUAUUGCCUGCAAGCGUUCUUGCUGGACAACCAGGCCAGCCAGAAGCACCUAGUGGCCAGUAUGUUGCCCGGUAAUAACAGCGGCGGUGGUAGUGGUGUGUCGGCGGGGGCAUUGCUCUGCGGCGGCCUGAUGAGCGCGGACCCGCUGGUGGCCUGGUGCUCCGGCGCCGCUCUCUGCUCGGUGGUGGUGCACUCGGCGCAGAAGGAAGCGCUGCUCGACGUGCACAUUGGCAUGGCUGCCGGCGGCGCUCCCGUCGCCCUGCUCCCGCAGACUGCAGUGCUGGCGUGCAGCCGACAGCUCAGCCUCACGCACCGCCUCGCCUGCUUCUCGCUACUCUGCUGCUGGCUGCACGAGUGUCCGCGCGGCAUUGCCGCUCUGAUCCGCUCCGGCUCGGCGUUGCGCGUGCUCGUGUCCGGCCUUGACAUGCCGCCGGAUGCCGGCGACAAGGACGAGGCGCAGCAAGAGUGUGAUCGCGUGUUGCGUAACAUGAUGGCCUUUCUGCUGGGUAUUUGCAUACUGUAUGAGCCACAGGGUGUUGCUGAAGAGAGUGUCCGCCAUGCCCUGUUACAGCGACACAGCGCCGACUAUGUGGUGGAGGCCAUCAGCAACCUGGCGCAGUCGGAGGUCUUCCUGAGAGCUGGCCGAGGCCCGCAGCCGCGCUUUGACCGCGAGAGCGACGUCCUGUACAGCUACCAGCUGGUGUCCUUGUACCGUCAAACCGUGGACGACAUUACGGCAAAGGUCAGGGGCAAGGAGAGGUCACGUCCGGAAGGUACACCGCCGCCUUCGCCGGCCAAGUCCCCGUCGCAAGCAGCCACCGCCGCCGAUGUCAGCACUCAACAGGAACACGAAGCCGUCCUCCUCUCCUACAAGGAGCUCAUACGACAGCAGGAUGGACAAAUAUCUACCCUUAAGCAGCAACUGCAGGGUUUGAGUCAGGAGUGUGAUCGCAUUCGCCAGGAACGUGACGCAUUAGCCAAUCAGCUUGAGCAGCGGACCAAGGAGCUGCAGGACUUCCGUCAGCCGGCCGAGACAGCAGGUCACUUGCUGCACAGUUCUACUGAGAUGGCACAGGAGCUGCAGGAGCUACGACACAACAUGGCCAUGAUGCAGGAAGCCAGUGUUGAGUGGCAAAACCGUGUUGCUGGCCGCGACGAGAGAAUCGCCAUGCUGGAGGAUCAGCUCAGGCAGCAUCAUCAUCAACAGCAACAACAACAACAACAACAACGGCAACGGCAGCAACAGGGUGACAGUGCGAGGAGUGCUUCGCAGGCUGAGCCCUCGCGUCAACCUGCGGCUGCUACUGUGGAUGGUGAUCCACAGCCGCAGCCGGCAUCCGCGGAAGACACUACCGGUGCUGGAGACGUGUCUGAACUAGUUGCUGUCACUAACAGUCAGUCUGCUCUGCCAUUGCAGAGUGACGGCGGCAGUACAGGUGGCCCAACCGAGGACAAAGAUGCCAGGGAAGGUCGACAGCUGCAACAACCACCACAGCAUCCACAGCAGCAGCAGCAGCCACCGCAACAAAGACCACACAGCGCCCAGCAGCAGAUGCAAGCACCCUUGCCUGCUGCAACAGUCGGUGCGUUCUCUUCCCCUCAGCCCCAGCCUUUCCAAUGGAGUCAAACCACCGCCACACCAACUACUCACCUGUUCCCCGCACACAGUAUCCCACAGGCACAGCAGCCGCUUAAUGCCCAACCCGUAUCCGCUUUCACCUCACAGCCACCACUGCCAGCUACAGUCACAGCUACAUCACACCAGCCCGCACAUUCGUCCUACCAGCAGGGCCCCGGGCAGCCCUUCUCGGCGUACGGUGCAUCGCCGAUCGUCCGGCCCGCUCUGCCACACGCCUUUGUGCCAGUCAGUGGGCAGCAGCAGGCUCAGCCUGCAGCACAUCACGUACCCCCUGCAGUCCAACAGCCCGUAGCGAACCCCGCCCUGGAGCCAUUUGACACAGGUCGUUUGGCCUCAUUGCGUCUAGACAGCAGUAGUCCAGAAGCUCAGUAUUGAAGCCAUUCGUUACCUAUUUUGUUUUAGUCUAUUUUCAACUCCUUUCCUCUUUCGUGUGGAAGGGACAUUUUAUGAAAUAUCUUCCUUGGUGGUGACAUCAAGUUCGCUAUCUCUGCUUUAUCUUAUGUACAUCCGUGCGCCCGUCCGAUGUUGCCGUACCACUUUAAGUAUAUGUUUCAAUAGUUUUCUUUUCAAACCUCACGGUGCUGACCCGCAGUAUACAUUCCUGGCCCAUCUGCUUAGCCGUUUGCCCUCGCCAGCUAGCAAAUCUCUGUUGUUUCCCCCAAAUGGUCGGCUGGUCCGACCGAAGCUCGCUGUUGUCUGCACCAGCCAUUUUAUUUUACAGCGUUUCAGUAGUAGUUCUGUAGCAUUGGACAGCAUGCAUGUCAUGCACAUUUCUGUUUUAAGAAGACAAUUCCAGCACACUCAA